GUAGGGGUCUUAUCGAGUACCAUGACCGUGAUAACUUCAACCCUCUACUGCAAUCCUCCUUCCCUCACUCGAUCUUCGGCGACAUGGCUGAACAUAGCCAAGUCGGAAAAUGUCUCCACUUCAUACUCUCGCCGGAGCACGGCUGCGUUACGGUCGAGGGUUACGUGCGCCAAGAGCCCAGAUGAUUACCACGCCACCCUAAAGGCUCUCAAUUCUAGAGGCCGCUUUCCCAGAAAAUCCCUUGGCCAGCAUUACAUGUUGAAUUCAGAGAUCAAUGAACAGCUAGCAGCUGUGGCUAAUGUUAAAGAAGGAGAUGUUGUGUUAGAGAUUGGUCCUGGAACUGGCUCUUUGACCAACGUCCUCAUCAAUUUCGGUGCCACUGUUCUUUCCAUUGAAAAGGAUCCUCAUAUGGCGGCCUUGAUUGAAGAAAGAUUUGCAGGUUCAGACAAGUUCAAGGUUUUGCGAGAAGAUUUUGUCAAAUGCCACAUCCGUGCUCAUAUGCUUUCCAUUCUAGAGCACAGAAGGUCAUCAGAUCCUGGUUUUGCUCUUGCAAAGGUGGUCUCAAACAUACCUUUCAACAUCAGUACUGAUGUCGUCAAGCUUCUACUUCCCUUGGGUGAUAUCUUCUCAGAAGUUGUUCUCUUGCUCCAGGAUGAGGCAGCGUUGAGAUUUGUUGAACGGACAUCCGAAUACAGACCCAUCAAUAUUUUUGUCAAUUUCUAUUCAGAGCCGGAAUACAAAUUCCAAGUUCCGAGGGCAAACUUCUUCCCUCAGCCCAAAGUGGACGCUGCCGUUGUAACAUUCAAGCUGAAGCAUCCCAAGGACUACCCAACUGUUUCCUCCACUAAAAGCUUCUUCUCUUUGGUAAAUUCCGCAUUUAAUGGGAAGAGAAAGAUGUUGAGAAAAUCCCUCCAGCACAUAUCUCCGUCUCUUGAGAUCGAGAAAGCUCUUGGAGAUGCUGGUCUUCCAGCCACUUCAAGGCCAGAAGAGCUUACCCUGGAUGACUUUGUCAAGUUGCAUAAUCUAAUCGCGAGACAAUAGUUUGCACAAUCAAGUCAUCGAGUGCCAUAUUGAACUUAAGAUGAAACUGGAGCGGUCUGGUUUUGGUAGCUUGAGAAUGAGCUCAAGCUGAAGCAUGCACACCCAAAUCACGUGACAGGCUGCAUCCAUGUUCUGUCUGUUUUUGAGUUACCUUGAAGCUCAAAAGCUGAUGAGGCAACAUCGUUGCGGGAACCAUGAAGCUUAGUAGCACAGAUUGAUCCGACGGUUCUCGUGUCAGUACAGAUUUCCAACCACGUAUGAUCGUAGGUGUAAGUAGAACCUCAGAAGCGUGUUAUCUUAGAUAUUUUUGCUUCAGGUACGUACCAUCUGUCUCUUUGUAAUGCAAAUUGCGUACUUGCAAUGAAGUCUGCAAAAUCGCCCAAAAGGAGGGAGGGUUCUUGCUUCA